CGGCGGGCGCGACCAGCGAGCACGGCCUGGGCCGGCGGGCGGCGGGCGCGGAGGCCGGGCCGGUGAGGGAGGUGCGGGUCGGAGAGCGGGCGGUCUCGCCCGUGAGUCCUCCCGACUCCCUGGUGGCGAGCGGCUGUCCCUCCGCCGUGUAGAAGAGGGAGGUGAGGCUCGGAGAUGCCUGGGGUCCCCGGCCGCUAGUGGUCCCCGGCAGGUUUCACCACCACCCUGGCAUCAGUGCGCGCAUCGUGUUCUGCGUACGGCGAUGCUUCCAAUCCUGGACACCUGCCACAGCCUCUCAACGCCGCAGCCAAGGGGCGCUUUGAAAGUCGUGAAUCAUCAUAUACCCGUCCCUCUGCUUACAACCCUCCACUGGAUCCCCAGCUCCUUUAAACUGAAGAGGGACCGCCUUACCUUGUUUUACAAAGCUGUGCUGCCGACUUCUCUGACCACAGCUCAUGCCAGUACCCUCACUCCCACUCCCCAUCUAUUCACUGGCCUCAGGACCUUCUUGUCUCUGCAAGUUGCCAGCUUGCUCCAAGCACAGAACCUCUGCAUUCGCUGUUUGCUCUUGUCCAGCUUUUCUUAUAUCUAGCUCUUACCAUUCUUGUUAUAGUUGACAUGUUAUCUGAAUAGCCUUCCUUGACCGCUCAGUCUAAAGGAGCUUCCCAUCCCCACUGUCACACCUUUAAUUUUUUUGUAGUACUCGUCACCAUUUGAAACUUCUGUUGAUAACAAGCUGGUCACUGUGUUUCCUACUACAGUGUAGCCUCCUUGAGACUCAAGCUCUUGUCUGGUUCCCGGCUCCAGCGCCGGAACCUAGGAGAACGAUAAGAGCGGCUCACAUGUGAGUGCUCAGUGGGAGCCAUGAGUUGUGUUAAACUCUUUACAGGUAUCCUCUCAUUUUCCACAGCCCUAUAAGUGAGGGAGAUUUCUAUUUGUCCAUUUUACAGAUAAGGUCAGCUGAGGCACUGAGAUGAAGUAACUCAUCCAAGGUCACCUAGGUAACAAGUGGGAGAGCUGGAAUUGAAAUAAGCCAAGUCCAGGACUUGCUUAUUAAAUGCUUCCUUUCCUCCACCUGUGCCUGGCACAUAGUGGGUGCUUUGUGAAUAAUUGUUGAGUAAUUAAAUGGAGGAACCCAGUGAAACAGGGACCAAGGUUAAAUGGAAUGCACAGAGCUGGAUGUAGGUGAAUUAGUUAAUUAGGGAGGUGACUCAGAAAAAGAUAUGAGGAGGUCUAACCUCAGGAAAUGCUCAUUAGCUGUGUAAGAUAAGAUUAGCAGCUUAUCUUCUGAGUCUCAAUCACCACAUUUUUUUAAAAAAUGGGAGGAGGGUGUGAUAACCCUAGGUGCUGCCUGAUGAGAUGAUGUGUGUGGAGGUGUUUAGAAAAAGUAUAGAUUAUUUUGUGAGAGCCUCUAUUCUUAGCACAGUACUUAGCCCAUUUGGUGCUUGCUAGGUGUUAUCUAGUCUUGACCUGGCUCUUGGCAAAGACAAAAUAGGGAGGAGGUGGCUUGUGUUGGAGGGUUGAGAGGCAAGAGCCUGAAUUGGCAUUUAGGAAGACACCCUUGGCUCUGAUUGGGUGCUCUCCCCCCUUUGUCACGUGAUGUCCUGCUUUUGGGAUGCUGGCAAGAUAGGUCAGUUGGAGUCUUUUAGGUUGAGGGGAGAGUCCCUUUGAAGGUGACUUCCUCUAAGUUGACAGGAACAUCAUCUUUUUUGGGUGUAUCAGACCAGGUGCAUUUUAUUUCUAGUUCUCUUAACAAUUCUGCAAAGUAUAAAUUCUCUUUUAAGAUGGAGAAUGAGGCCUGGAGAGGUUAAGAAAUUUGUCCGAAAUGUUACCUCAGUAAUUUCUGGGACUUUCGUCCAGACCUUUGUGUUCCAGCAACAGCCUUUUCUCAUCACUCCAAGUUCCCAUCCCCCAGUGACGUGCAAGGCAGCGUGAACUUUCUGUGACAGAGCUUCUACCUGGCCUGCAGGUGCUGGCGCCCACUUAGUUCUACCAGACACUAUAAACUUGAGGGAGUUUUUCUGACUCACUGCUGGGCAAACUCAUCAGAGAGAAUAACUGCUUGUCUAGAGACACACAGUGGGUGGGCAGCCCCGUGCUCUGAGAGCCCCUUCCUUUCUUCCUUCCACCUGUGUGCCUGGUCUGAGAGGGAGAGCACAGAAAGGAGGUGAUUGCAGUGAAGUGCUUUGGUGUAGGGGCUUUUUCUGCUAGCAAAGUUAUUUGAAGGCUGAGGAGUCCACCAUGUCUUUAGCCAGACAAGUGAAAAAUCAGUAGAAAAGAUCACUGAAUGAACCAAUGAGAAAUUAGUUUAAUAGAAGGUAGAUGCCCAAGAAGAAAAUGCCCCAGCUCCUUCAGAGAAAGUUAAAUAUUCUUAAAGACCACUUGUAAUUAGUUCCCCCAGGCCUAGUCCUAGAAAGUGCUCUAAUUCCCUUAAAAUUAAAUGCCAUGGCCUUGCUAGUUUGCACAUUUUUUUGCAUAAAUUUACGUAUUGAGUCCAAACUCUAAUUCCUUGGAAGGUAAAAGAUAUUUAAUUAAUGCAAAAUGCUGUAAUUAUAUUUAACUUCAGUUUUCAGAGCAAGCGUGUGUGAAAUACAUAAAGAUUUCAUUUCAACCAGUACCUUUAGCCUCAUUCUCCAGUAAGAGAAGGUAUACACAUGGCAGUAAUGUCCUGUGUAUGUCCACUUUUCCUCUUCUCUGCCCCAUGUAAGCAUUCACAGCAUCUGCUGAGGUGACGGAUAAAUGGCAGUCACGGGGGCAGUGCUUGGGCAUACAGCUUCUCUGGCACUGGCAUGUUUUGGGAUUGUUUCUUGUGUGUCUUACCACAUCCUCCUUGGUCCUCCCCUCAGCAGUGGUCCAGACUCGCAUCACAGGUAUAAAGGUGAGCAGCCUUGAGGGUGUAACAAGCUUGGGGACACAGCUAAAGCAGCAGGCUCGGGAAGUGACAGGGAGAGUAGGAGGGAGCCAAGCAGUUGGAAGGAGAAAAGGCUGGAGAAGUGUGAGGAGUCUGAAUGCUGACAAGCAACCAACUUCAGCUGGAAUACCAAAGUUGGCCAGUUACUUACCAGGCACUGGGCCGGGCCUUGCAGAGACAACAAGGGACAAAGCACAAGGUCCCUACCCCCACGGAGACCUCAGCCCAGGCCGGGGAAGCAGACAAAAAGAAAGAAAAAAGAGGCAAAAAUAAAAAAGACCUGCAAGUGCUAUGAAGGAAACAAAAAGCAUGCAAAGAGUAAUGGGCUACUUGUUGGUGGUGGGAUGGUCGGAUGCUGCCUCUGGGAGGAGGUGACAUGGAAGAUGUGCCUGAGCCAGCCAUGGGAAGAGUGCACACAUUUGCUCUGUGCUGCGUGUUCGAAGAGCACUGCCUCAGAUAUUCCGCAUGCUGACCUUGUGAGAUAUUGUCUCCUCCUCAGAGCUGUCUGAAAAUGUGGUUAACCGAAUGAAGGGUUCCAGCCAGCCUUCCAAAGCGGGGCAGCCAACUCCCCCUUCUCCAUCUGGCACCUCUGAAGGCCCGGAGAAAGACGCCAAACCGCCCAGGUCAGAGCACAGUGGUAGCCGGCCUGCAGGGGUAGAUGAGGAUGUCCUCAAGAGGUAUAAACAGGAGCAGGCCAUGGUCCAGGAUGAGCUGCUCCAGGUGGCCACGAGGGAAAGAGAGGCAGCCACCCAGCAACAGCGUGUGUCCCUGCAGCGAGGGGAGGGCAGCGUUGACCAGGACAAGUGGAGGUCAGACCAGCUGGUCAGGGAGCUGGAGAGCCGAGAGGCAGAGCUGAGACGCCGCGACACCUUCUAUAAGGAGCAACUGGGGCGCAUUGAGAGGAAGAAUGCUGAGAUAUAUAAACUGUCUUCGCAGCAAUUCCACGAGGCAGCUUCGAAAAUGGAGGGCAUGAUAAGGCCCCGCAGGCUGGAGCCCGCGUGCUCAGGGCUGCAGGCGCAGAUUCUCCGCUGCUACCGUGACCACCUGCAGGAGGUGCUGCUGUGCUCCGACCUGGUCAAGGCCUACCAGCGCUGCGUGAGUGCGGCCCGCAAGGGUUGAGGAGCAGCCAUCACUCUUGGCCCUGGCAGUGACUUGGAGCCCUGAAGAAGGGACCAGUUAUGGGGCCACAGGCCACAGACACCGUGCCCAGCCAUUUCCCGCUGGGUGUCUACAGAUGCUUCUGUGCCAUAUGCUUAAGAAAUCGAGUGUGUGCGAGUGUCCAAAAACAAAUAAAGCACAUGUCUUUGUUUCAGUCA